GUGUGUGUGUGUGUGUGUGUGUGGAGAUCUGUCGCCGUCAUGGCCAGUAGCACGGACCCGGAGAACAAGCCACCGAUACUGCACAUCCUGGUGGUGGGCUUCCACCACAAGCUGGGAUGCCAGGUGGAGUUCUCCCAUCCGCCGCUGAUAGCCGGGUCCAGUGGCCGCAACGAGUGCCCAUCCGGCUGGAAGUAUUUGCCAACGCUGGCCCUGCCCGAUGGAUCGCACAAUUUCCUGGAGGAUACGGUGUUCUUUAAUCUGCCCAGCCUGUACGAGCCGGCGGCCAGCAUCUAUGGCGUCUCCUGUUACCGCCAGAUACCCGUGGAGAAGCUGAAAAUCCGCACAGCCGAUGUCACACGAAGCACAGUGCAGAAGUCGGUCUGCAUAUUGGCCCGCCAGCCCAUCUACGGCUAUAUUGAGGUGAAACUGGCCCUGAUAGCCGACGCAUUCUUUGACCAGGGCGACUUCAGUUGCACGGACCUGCUGGUCAAUGCGUAUCAGCAGCUGAAUGCCUGCCUGCUGGACGACGAGUCACAUCGCCCGCUGCGUCACUUCCAUGUGGGACUAUCGCUGCGCGAAAUCGUCCUACACUGGCGCCACAAGACACUGAUACUCUUCAAGCUGCUGUUGCUGCAGCGUCGCGUUGUCUGCUUCGGCUCUCCGGUGCGUGGCAUGUGUGUGCUCAUACUGGGCAUGGCCUCUCUGGUGCCGCGCCUGCUGGAGAAGGGCUUCCAGGAGGUGGCCUGUGUGCGCACCUCCCGCCCGCUCUCACCCAUGCCAGACUUUACCGACUCCCUGCAACGCGAGGCGCAAGCCCUAGCCGCCGCCGUCGCCGCCUCCGAGGCUGGGGCCGCCACCCAGGACGAGCCCAAGCUGACGCCCGAAAGCGCAACGGCGGCCGAGGGCGAGGCAGAGGACCUGGCUCUAGUUUCUUCGGCCGCCUCGGCGGGUUCCCAAUGCAGUGGCGACACCUCGCCCCACUCCACACCGAAUUCGCAGUCGCAGGACUCGAAUUUUGCAUCCUCCUCGUCGCACCGGGACUCGAACGGACGCAACAGUUCGCUGACACGCGAGGCCAGCGUGGAUACACUAGCCUCCAAUCUGGCCGCCCUGUGCUCCGUCAAUCCGGAUGAGUAUCGUGCCCCCGUUUGCAUCUUUGCCAGCGGCAAUCUCUGCCUGCCGUAUUUGUCGUUGCCCUACAUGGAUCUGCUUAGCGAUCCUAUGGUCCUCUCCUAUGUCAUUGGCACCUCGAAUGUUCUGUUCCAGCAGAAGCGACAGCUGGCCGACGUUUUGGUUGACAUUGAGGCGGCCAAUCUGGAGGCACACGAUCCGGAAUUGCGUCGCCAGUUGGUGUUGAGCACCGAAGACUUGCGCUACAUGGACUACAUCAUGAAGCACGUGCAAACGCCCAAGGAAGAUGCGGAGGGCAGCGAGUAUUGGAUACGGGAACAGUUUCAGGGUUACAUUCUGGCCCUACUACGCACCGCAGUGGCUCCAGAUUCCACGCCCAAGGACAGCGAUCAUUUCAAUGCACACUUUAUAGGCGCCUUUAAGCGCACCCAAUGCUAUCAGGAAUGGUUUGAUGUGCGACCCGAACCCGAAUUUUUUGAAGCACUUCCCGCCGGCCAUCCCUUUGCGGGCACCCUAUCCGUGACGGAUAUGAAACUGAAGCUGGCGCAGACCAUGCAGAACAGCGAGAGUGGGCGUAAAAUCAAUCAGGCCGUAAACACCACAAGUCGAGCGGUUGGCGGUGCCAUUUCGCAGGCCAAGGGCGCCUUCUCCAGCUGGUGGUCCUCGAUAACAACAGCACCAGCGAAUCCCGGCAAUGGGGCCGGCACUGAAAGCGACGAUGGCGAAGUUGCAGCAGCAGCAGCGGCGUCAGUGGUUGUGGCUGCUGCCCAAGAGAUCUCAGUCACAUUCCAGAAUCACAAAGAUGCUGAAGACUUGGAUAUAGCUGGGGUGAGCAUACACCUGGCUGGCCAGGGCCAGGGCCAAGUCCAGGACAACAGCAACAGCGCACCCCUGGAGGAGGCGCACGAGUCGCGGAAUGUGUCCAUGGAGCAGCAGCAGGGCAUUGUGGAGAUCGGUCGCGAGGCAGAGCUGCUCGACAAGACCGAAGAGAGCCCACACUCGAGCAUAUCUCAGCAGCCGCUGCGGCCUGGCUGUGGCGCUGAUGUGGCAGCCUCAACCUCAGCCCUGGAGCGUAACAGUGGAGACGUUUUCAUUGUCUGAGGGGCAAUACAGGGAGCAGGCAGAGCGGCAUUGUAUAAAACAAAAAACUUUACUAAGCAAAUAAUGAUAAUUAUUUAAUUUAUUACGAAACAAAUUUGUGUCUCAGUCUCAAUCUCUCAAUCGUUUUUCUUUUUAUUUCUAUAUUUUUCUUCCCCCUAAAUUGGCCAAAAAAUAAUAUUAUUUAA